AUGAAUGGCUUUUAAACUGAUAAUAAAAUAUAAAUAAUCUUAGAUGACUAAAUAUAAGGUGAAAUAAUCAAAACCUCAUCUAGUUACACUUUUAAUAAAAUAACAAAAAUUUAUAGUUCAAGUGUCACAUGCACAAAUGCUUAUGAUUUAAUCAGAAUAGAAGCAAUUCUUAGAACUUUCUCUAAUGCUCCUAAACUCAUUUUAAAAGGAGAAUAGUUAACUUCAGCAACUUCAACAUGGGGAUUCAGAAAUAUAACAAUUGAUAGUGGCAAUUGCUAAGAAAAUUGUGCAGUAUGUUCUGAUUUCUCUACAUGCCAAUAAUGUAACACGAAUUAUAUUUUAUUUUAAAAUGGAUGUGUUACUACUUGUCCAGUUCAUUCUACUAAUUGUAUUGAUUAUUCUGAUAUUACUCAACGUAAAUAAUUAAUAAAUAUUUAGAUUCUCGUUACCUAGCAAAAGGAUUUUAUAAUUUUAAUAUGAGUACUUUAGAUAUCAACUAAUUCUUUGAUGUAGCUAUUACAAAUGGUAAUAAUUUCUUAACAGGAUAAAAGUUUUCAAUAUUUCCAACUAAAUUCGUUUUAGGAGGUGUAAUGGUAUGGAAUAAUGCAAUAUAUAAAAAAUCAUGGAGUAUAUCAAAACCUCAUUAUGCUGUUACAAUUAGAUUUAAUGUUACAUAUGGUGAUGAAUACAAUGGAAAUUUUUAUUACACCAUUUAAGGAGUAAAAUCAGAUGCUCAUCCAAAACCCUCAUUAGGUGGUUAAAACUUUAUAGGUAAGAGUUUAAAUGAAAUUACAUAAUAUUUUGAAAUUUUCUAAUAUCCAUUCACGUCGUCUCCAUUAAAUAUUGAGUUUCAAUGUACAGAUUCAACUGCAGAUCCUAGAGAUUAAUUUUGUGCGAUUUCUGAUUACUUUAUUGUUGUACAUUAUGUAAAUUUCUAAUUUUAUUAUAAGUGUCUCCCAUUUUGCCAAAAUUGUAAUGAUGGAACCUAUUGUGUUACUUGGGAAUCUGGAUACACAAAUUAAAAUUGCAAUACAAAUUAGUUUCUAUAAUUUUAUUCUAAUUCAGAAACUUAUAGUUGUGUUACAUGUAAUUAACUUGGAUGUUUAACUUGUAAAAAUUUAGAAGAAUGCACUUCCUGUGAUCCUUCAAGUUAAUUUAAUACAUUAAUAAAUGGAGUCUGUUUAUCAAUUACUACAACUCCUCCUCCAACUCCAUCAGUAUAAUGCCAUUAAAAUUGUGAAACAUGCACAGGAGCUUUGAUAACUAAUUGUGAAACCUGCGUUUCUGAUUUUCAUAGAACUUUAUCCUACAAUGAAUGUUUAUGUUAGCCUGGCUUCUAUGAAGACGGAAUCAAUGUAAUUUGUCUUCCUGUUUGUGGUGAUUUGGUAAUUGUUGAAGGAGAAGAUUGUGAUGAUGGUAAUUCUAAUCCAUAUGAUGGAUGUGAUAAUUGUAAAUUUAGUUGUGAUGAUACUUGCAAAGAAUGCUUUUAGGGAAUUUGUUUUGAUUGCCAAAAAGGGUUCUAGAUUGUAGACAACAGAUGUAGUCCUAUUUGUGGUGAUAAUCUAUUAGUGAAAACAGAGGAAUGUGAAGAUAAUAACUAAAUUCCAAAUGAUGGAUGUUACAAUUGUAAAUUUUCAUGUCCAAAUCAUUGUAUUGAUUGCUAAUUUAAUAAUUGUAUAAAAUGUGACGAGUAAAAUGGAUGGUAUCUUGAAAAUAAUACUUGUUAACCUAUUUGUGGGGAUGGUAUAAUUGCUAUUUAAUUCGAAUAAUGUGAUGAAAUUAAUCAAUAAGAGUCUAAGAAUCUAUUAGAUUAAGACUUUUGUUUAUAAUGUCUCUACAAAUGCUAAGACUCUUGCUCAACUUGCUUAUGA